AUGAGUGGCUUUCCCAAGCUCCCAGAUGGAGCACAGCUUUCUGUGGGAUCCCACAAGGUGACAAUCGUGCGAUAUUUGUCCGAGGGAGGCUUCGCUCACAUUUAUGAGGUUCAAAUAGCAACGGACGAUAAAAAAGGAAGGGUCGGCUGCUUGAAGCGUGUCAUUGUUCCGGAUAAAGGAGGUUUAAACCAGCUCCGAAAAGAAGUGGAUGUGAUGAAAACACUCCGCAAAUCACGUAGUAUUGUCCAGUACUACGAUUCCCAUGCCGAAAGGCUUGAUAAUGGCACAUACCAGGUAUUGGUUCUCAUGGAACUUUGCCCCAACAAAUCGCUUCUCGAUUAUAUGAAUGCCAAGAUUAAAACCAAGCUCACGGAGCCGGAAAUCCUCAAGAUCAUGAAGGAUAUUGGCAUUGGUGUGUUUGAAAUGCAUAAAAAGUACUUGAUCCACCGAGACAUCAAGAUCGAGAACGUGCUUAUAGACGCCAAGCACAACUUCAAGUUGUGUGAUUUCGGCUCCACGUCUCCCCCUAUCCCUCCUCCGGCCGACCAGAAUCAAAUGAGAGUGCUAGCACACGAUAUCAUGUACCAAACGACGCCCCAGUACCGUUCUCCCGAGAUGAUCGAUCUCUAUCGAGGAUUUCCCAUAGACCAAAAAGCGGAUAUCUGGGCCCUUGGUUGUUUUCUUUACAAACUAUGUUACUACACUACUCCCUUUGAGGCCCACGGCGACAUCGCCAUAUUGCAUGCGUCGUUUCAAUUCCCCCCUGCUCCAGCUUACUCAGGUGACUUAAAGAACCUCAUUAUCAUUAUGCUUCAGGAAAACCCUGUCAUGCGCCCUACUAUAGUCCAAGUCCUCAUGUUAGUGGCCAAAAUGCUUCACGUAGACUUUACCGAGUGGAAAAUCGAGGACAUUUAUGCUACUGGAGAAUACAACUUCCACGCACUCAGCGAAUACCAGAGACAGCGCCAAGAGGAGAUGAUGAAGCAACAACAAAUGUACUACCAGCAGCAAAGCUGGAAACCAGACCAACACAACCAACAACAGUUGAACCAUUACAAUCAAUACAAACCGAGCCAACCAGCACAAAAGGUGCACGGUCACCUUAUCCCACAAAAGUCAAGAUUACCCAGCCAAGAAGAACCCAGCCAAGUCAGUGAGGCAAUGCCAGAUACUGUGGGAUCAUUGGACAAGCAGCAUUCAUCAUCCAGCUCAGACGGCUUUCCUGAAAUUGCAGAUCUCGAUAACAUCAACGAAAGAUAUCCAUCAGUCGAAAAUCUUCUUGCAGAUAUUAACUCUGAGAAACCUUUGGAGAGGUCCAGUAGAGAAGGGACCGAUAAGACAGGAGAACUGCACAAGAGCUACGGAUCAAGGGCACUGUCCAAGCACAGUGUAGAGGAUAGUAGAAGCCAUAUACCAACCGUCAGUCCUUCAGAGCCUCACUCCAAUUUAUAUCAAGAACCCUCGCAGACGAAACCAAAACAUAAACUCGACAACAAGGAAGCAUGGGAGACUCAUAAGUCGUAUAUUGAUAAAAAUGCCGAACAAUUGGCUGAUGAUAUCUUUGCUCGUCCCCAUUCUACAAUUCCUAAUCAAGAGUCCAGAAAGAGCACCGAGCUUCAACGUACAGUUUCUGAAGGAGCUGCUGUCCAGGCGUCAAACUACGACCUUGAAAAUGAUUUCGUUAACGAUUAUGUUGACCAAGAGCCGGAACCUGAAGAGAAGAAAGUCCAAGGAUCAGUUCAAGGUCAAGUUCAAAAUCAAGGACAAGCUCCAGGUCCGAAGACAGAGGAAAAACAGCCCGAAUUGGGUGCUGGAUUUCUGCCAUCAUUGGUACCAAACACCGUUUCAGUGAAGCCUGUGCCCGUACCGAACAACAUGGCUCCAUUACAAGCUAGUCCUGAGAUGCAUGCUAUGAACUAUUUCAGUCCCGCUCAAGAACCAUCUCGAGUCCCCAGUCUUUCACGCCACCGUCAUUCCAGCAGCAAUAUUGGAUCUAGCUAUGAAAAGGAUGCACCACCGCUUCCUACUCGCAAAAGCGCCAACCCAUGGGGCAGCUAUACGCUUCCCAAAGUUGACAAACCAGAUGAAACACAGUUUGAAGCAUUGCAAAUAAGCACGCCCAAGGAGCACGAAAUAAGACUGGCAAAGCAUCAGAGCAAGAAUUCUGCCGCGGAUUCCAAUUUAAUCGAUUUAGAAGUUGGGUUGGAAUCGUCUAGUUCAAGCAUAAGCGGUCCAGAAGUAAUGGAUGGAAGAGACUUGCACCUUGCCCAGGGACCUUCAUUAAUUGAUCUCGAUAUCGAGGAAACGCCAUUGCCCGAUAAACCACAUUUCAAAAAGAGGAUCUCUUCUGCCCAGGCUCCUGCUUCGAUGAGUCUUCAAGAAGAGGUGAUUGAUUUUGCGUCUGACGACGAGAACCCCGAUAACCAGUCGAACAUGAACCGGUUGUCCAUUAGAAACUCUCUUUCAAAGAAAAAGGCCAAGGAACACAGAAAGAGCUAA